CAACUCUCUCAGCACUCAGCAGCCAUUGCCAACAAAGAGUGAAGCAAGAAAAAAAUGCAAUCUUUGCAGCAGAAGGCGUCGGAAUGGAGUGGGGUUGACCCGAAUGAUGCAUUCGCCAUUGAUGAAACCAAUCUCUUUGAAAAACUUGGUCUUCAGACUUUCAUCAAUCUCUCUACCAAUUUCUACAACAGGGUGUAUGAUGAUGAGGAAGAGUGGUUUCGGUCAAUUUUCUCUAAUUCAAGUAAAGAAGAUGCCAUUAGGAAUCAAUAUGAAUUCUUUGUACAGAGAAUGGGAGGGCCUCCUUUGUACUCAGAGAGAAAAGGUCAUCCAGCAUUAAUUGGACGCCAUCGCCCAUUUCCAGUCACUCAUAAGGCUGCUGAUAGAUGGCUACAACAUAUGCAACAAGCACUAGACAGUGUUACAGACAUUGACGAAGACUCCAAAAUUAAAAUGAACAACUUUUUCAGGCACACUGCAUUCUUUCUGGUAGCUGGAGAUGAGUUAAAGAAUCAAAACCAGAGUGUUGCAUGUAAGCAUGCUGCCAAUAAGCCAGCUGCAGAAUAGGCUUUUACAAAAUGAUUGAUCAUAGAAAUAACAAUAAUGUACUGUGAUUGUUGACUUAUGAUUAUCUCAUCAAUCAAAUUUGAGAAUGUACCUUCUCAAUUAUUGAGUCCUACUUUUGGUUAAUUAUUAUUACCCCACAGUGAAAACUCAUGAGCAUUAAUGUAGCAGGAAGACAUUAUCAUGUGUGUA